CUCCUGUACAGAACUAGCGGGGAAGUGCAAUUGGGGACAAGUCACCUGUCCCAUAGUCCAGUAAGUCACUCGCUGCAAAGGGUUAGAAAGAGGGGACGGCCAAGCAAUGCGCCCCCGCUGCUUCCCAAGAACUGCAACUUCCAACCGUUCAGAGUAUAUAGGUAGCUGCGGCAUUGGCGCUCACAAUCGCAGCGAGAAACACGCGCCACCACAACAGGAGCGACGAGUGUGGCCGGAAUGUCAUCCGCCGUCAUCACCCUCGCCGGGAACUUCCCCAGGGACGACGACAAGCAGGCCGCUGCUCUCGCCUUGCACCAGCGUCUAUCCGCUCCCAACGUUCGUUACCACGGUCAACCGGGCAGCCCAACGCAACCCUCCGACGAACGCAACCCCGACGUCGUCACUCGCGAUGAGAUCAUCACCCUCCUGAACGAUAUUCCCUUCCCGGCUCGCGUUCAGUUUAUCUUGAAAUCAGUGUGCCCUUCAGCCAUUCGUGAUGAGGUCGUGGCUUCCUUGUACAAUGUUGCGUUCAAAGUGUAUAAUAGCCAGGACUCCGUCAAGACUGAUGAAGUUGUCGAAAGUGCGGCGGAACGAGACUCUCUCGACCUCGAUUGGGAGUUCUUGACUUCCCUGGAUCUUUGCCAAUCGUCGGAGUCUAGGCCUCCCUCUCCUACUGUUACUGUGAACGAGCAAGGUAGGUCGCCAGCGAAACGAGGCGCAGAGUUGCUUGAGCCCGAGCGUAGCGAGGUUGGUUCCCUCUGGGAGCCCGAGCGAAAGCGAGCGCGAGCUGAGCGAACGCCUUCGCGAGCGGACGGCGAGCCUACAAGCAGCCAAGUUUCCUUGUCGCGGGCGUCAAUGGACGCUUUGCCUCACUCGUCCAACGAUCCGCACAUCCAACCUGUUCCAAUGCUCAUUGAUUCAAAUCAUCCAGGUCUUUCGUCAGCACCCUCAACGACUUCCGAUCAGAGCCUAAAAGUCAUGGUCGGAGCGCAUUUUCCCCUGCUGGAACUCCUCGUCACAACUCUUCCUCAGCUCGAGGCCGCCGGUAGUCGCAUCUUCGAAGACUACAUCAGUUGUAACGGCCAGAGAUACCGUCAGCGCAUCCUAAACGCCAUGAUCUCGUCUCCGUUGAUCGCCGAUCAAUCCUACCUGGAUGCAAUGAAAUCGAUGCCUCCCGCCGCCGUCGCAAGGUGUCUUCGCGCUUGGGCUCCAUUCCGAUCCCUGCGGAUCAAUCUGUUUGACGCCCUUAUCAAGAAGCACUUCCUGCAAAACGCGGACGACGAGGCUCAGACAGACUGUACUCUCGGCAGCUCUGAACUGCUGCGUGAAUCGGGGGUCAUGGCAUCCCGCACUUUCAAGUGCUUGCGUUGGAAGUUCUUGCGUUGGGACUUACAUGGGGAACUCUACUCGCAAUGGAUCAAAGACCGCCUCGUCGAAUGUGGAGAUGACGUACUUGCUCGCGGCGACUUUGUGACUCGUCUAUGCUCAGUCAUCGAGCCCUGUGCAGAAGCGAACGCAUUUAUCCUGGCGUCUGUCCUCCAGUAUCCCGCGUUCAGCAUCUCCUCGGGGGAGCCAAGAGAGAUCUCGGAGAAGCUUCGGGCCAUGGUCCAGCGCGGCGAGCUCACCGAACCACAUCUAUGCAAACACCUUCGAUACACGUCCAUUCCGCAGCGCAUCGUCAGCGGUAUCACAUCUGCUGCGUGGGGGGAACUCAUAGCGCCCUAUGUUCAGGAAACGCCGGACGAAGGGCUGGUCAUCAACAACGACGCUGCGCUGCGGAUUCUAGCUGAACUCGUCGCAAGUGCGAAAGGCAAGCAUAUGCAGGAAAGACUUCAGCACUGGUUUCUACCCCUCGCGGUGCGCUGCUUCGAGCUCACACCCCCCAAACUCCUUGCCUCACCGGACUAUCUCAGCUGGACUGAGGCAUCCGAUGCGAGUCGCGCGCUCAGGACAGGCGCGUUGUUUGCAGACUUUUACAAGAAAUUCCUCUGUAUGCGCCUCCGCCAUGUAGACGUGAGCGCGCUCGCCUUGGCCUGGUCCAAGAUGCACCUCCGCGUCGUCGAUCAAGACCUUGCGCCUGCGAUGGACACCGCCGCAAGGCACAAGUUCUGGGCAAAGUGGUAUGCGAACUGUACCGUGUCGUUGCCGCAGACGCUGGAGUUCAGGAUCAAUGAGCUGCAGCGGAAGAGCCGUGAUGUGGUUUCCGAGACCAAGCAGCCUUCAAGUCUCGUCUCCGUCUAUGGUUUGGUCGACAUUCUCUUCUCGAUCUCUCAGAAGGCUUGGGAGAAGUGGAAGCAGGAGAGUCUCAACCUGACGGCGGAUCCCGCCGUGGAGUGGUGGAGAUGUCCGGAUGUGAGCGAGGGGUUGUACACCGCUCUAUCCAACAACCUGCUCGUGUCCAUCAAGGCGGCUGGAAAGAACAUAUACCCAGCCGACAAAGUGCACCCGCUACGAAACCUUUCCCGCGAUUCCACCAGUCUCGCCCCGCAACUUCUAGCCGCCUUGCGAAGCGAGAUCGACGCAGCGCGGCUCGAGACUCUGGAUGAGAAUCAUCUCUGGAUGCAACGAUUCUCAGAGGCCCUAUGGCACAUCGGCAUGCAACGCGUGUUCCCCGGCGACGACGACGCACAAUUGUUCUACAAUUACUCCUCGACAUGCUUGACGGGAUUCCAGAAAGGCGCAACAGUGUCCGAGCUCGAGGGCGGUAAGGUUUCGUACCUCUGGAACAAAGACACGCUGCGGUUCCUGAAAAUCCCCGCUAGGCGCCAGGCGUCCAUGUUUCAGCUGUUCAAGUCCACCCUCGAACGGAACGUGAAAACCUCCGACGGGUUCGCAAACUGCCCCGCGGACUACAAGCUUCGCAAUUUUGACGUACUCUGUAAGCUCCUCGAGUCCCCUACGCCACACUCAGCUUCAAGGACGUUCUGGACAAGUGCCGAUCAGAGUGAGUACCUCUCCCUCCUCUGCACGCUCCCCGCCGACGUCCGCAUGAGUGAGCUCGACCACACCAUCGCCCUCAUCGACAGCGUGCUGACGACGGACGUCCAGCGGGCCUACAAGCUCUUCCAAAUCAUCGACAACGACCAAACCAAAGGCGCAUCGGCCUUUUCUGAAGCCGUCAUGGCGGCCCUGCUAGCCAACCCGACCUCCCGCGAAAUCAUCUUGAAGGAAACGCACUGGUGGGUGCGGGCGCCCAUCUCGUUGCCAUAUCUCCGUGAGCACCAUUCGGCCCGCAAGAGCGCCGAACCGGAGGAACGCGCGACGUUCUAUCUCGACAUGCUCAACGCGUCGUUGAAAGCCACCCCGCAGGAUCUCGCGCAGACGCUGGAAUUGAUCCGCAAACGGACCAGGAACGAGCGGGGCACGGUCACGAGGGAGAUUUACACGUGGGUGUUCCGGAACGCGGAUAAGUGGUUGGGGAUGACGCUCCGGUUGGACGGGCAGGCGGCGCUUGAGGUUUCUGCGAUGCAGGUCAAGACCCUGUUGGAGAUGAUCGAGACGGAUUUACAGAGACGGGAUUCGGUCGCGCGGUCGUGCUUAUCUGGCCUCCCGAGGCGGAUCCUCGACAACGCUCUCCGCACCCGGUUCCGGAACGAGGCCACCUUCGCCGCGUUACAAGCGUGGGUGGACUUUGCCGUACACGUUGACUGGGUCUUCAUCGGCGCACGGGACGGGGAUAAAGGUCUCGAGACGUAUCUCUGGUGCGACAAGCUCUCGGACGACACGUCGACGGAGUGGACGAAGCAGCUCGUUAAGGCUGAGGGGCCGGGGUACGAGGAGCUUGCGGCUACGUACGCACACUUUCUGGAGCGGGUCCCCAGACGCCGCGAGUUGCUGUUUGGGUAUUUGGUCGCAUACGGAUCCCAUGUGCGACGUACGGACGGCGCUGGAUCGCCGGUGACGCCCGCGCAAUGCGUCGACAUGCUCAAGACUGCGUUAGCGAAGGCCAAGCAAGCCGAGUACGAUCUGCGCGCGUAUUCGAAGGAAGACCGGUCGUGGUUGUUGGACCCUGUUUACGACGUUUCGAAGGGGUUGGUGGACAGAGCGGAACUGGACCGGAUCUGCUCGUUGUUUGAUAUUGUGGGCAGCAGAUGGCAUGAGGUUCCGGAACUGGUCUCGAUCCUUGAGUCCGUGACGCAAUCGGUUCGCGAUUGCGCGGCGACGACGACGGACGACCCGGUCCAGAUUGAGCUGGCGCGGGAGUUGUUGCGGUUCGUGCGGAAACGACAAGCGUUGUGGUUCUGCGUCCCGCAGCUGCAGGCGCUCGGCGAGGCGCUGUUCACGGACGCGGUCGAACGCUGCAGGCCUGGGUCGAAGUUGGCGGAGACUCCCGUGUUGUUGGAGGACCAUUGCCGGAUGCUGGAUCAUUGGGAGGAGAUCCAGUAUCAGAAACCGUUGGCGAACACGUUCCAGUCCGAAGAGUUCUUCAAGUCGCCUGUUCAUCGGGCGCUCUUCCUCGAAGCAUUCCGCGUCAAAGAUCUGAACAUGGAGGGACGGUUGGCGCGGUUGCUCAAGGUCCCCGCACCCGACAAAGCGCAGAUCGCAUCGGCUUUGUUUCAGAUCUGCCCCACCAGCGCAAUUCACGUCCCCCUCGUCCGACACGUCCUCGAAACAGAGCGCACCGACUUGCUCACCCCAUUCCUAACCGACGAGUCGUGCACGUUCCUCGGCCCCCUGGAACGGAUGCAACCGAAAAGAACAGAAACACGAUGCAUUGAGCCGCAGACCUUCCGGCGCGCCGUCGGGUUCAUGACCGGCCAGCAGGCCGCGUUGAUCGGGGAAGAUAUCUUGCGCACGGCCAUGUCGCCUGCGGGUUCGUUGGAGGUUAAGCAGAAGGCUAUGGAGCAGUAUGCCGGGUGGCCGACGCUCGAUUACAAGAGCUACAUUGACCUUAUGGUGAGACUACGGGAUGCGGAGCAACCGAGUCAGUUGUUGGAGACGAUCAUCCUGCGCUCGUUUGAUCACGACAGCUGCGUUGUGAUCUUAUCCUUCCUGCUGUCGGCGGAGAACAUCGCAAAGUCGCCCCAACGCGUCCUCGUCCUGGUUCUCGAACGCCUUCCUGCGAUCUUCCGACCCGAGCAGUUCGCGGACCUGCUCGCCUUGCUACUAGCCAACGGCGAGCGCCGAAAUGCUAUCAGGGUUGUGUUCCAUAAAGCCAUCGGCCGGAUGCUGCUGGCGUCGAAAGAAAGCACCACAGCCGCGCGGUUGCUCGAAAACGAAUGGAACAACCCGACGCUGCACGAGGACGUGCGGAUCGAGUACUUCACGCAGUGUCUCACACUCGUCUGCGCGCAUGAAGGAAAGCUCGCGGUGCAGUCGUACCCCGUCGUCGCAAGCGCUUGGAAGAUAGUCGACGACGCCUGUGCGCGGCCCAACAUGCUUCCGCUGUCAACGCUGAGCGAGAUCGUCAGACUCUCUUACCAAAGCCCUGCACACCACCAAAGACCUGUGCUGGACGUCCACGCGCCGGCCGUUCGGUACGAUAUCCCGGAAUGGGUCGCGACGGAGCCGAACGAGGACCGCGAGGACGAGAAGCAGUUUAAUGCUAUUCAAGGGCAUUGGAUUGGCGCGUCGCAGUGUGUUUUUAAGCACACUGACACCCGGGAUCGGAUGGUUCGCAACCUCUCGAAGCUGUGGAAGAGUUUGAGCGCCGACACGGAUGGAGAGGCGCGCGGGUUCGGGUUCAUCUGCUUCCUGAAGAUGCUUUUCUUGUCGCGACACCUGUCGGGCGAAGCAGUCAACGACAUCACCACCGACGAAGAAGCGGUGGUAUCAACACUCGACAAGGAAAUGGACGCCCGAUUCACGCAACGAUUGACCGACCCUGUCUCGGUUAUGAAGAGGAGGAUCUAUCCUUACAUCGAUCAAAGCACCGCCGAGCUCCUCGGUCUCGCCUGCGCCGCAUCCCUGCGCCGUCGCGUGGUCGUCAGCAGCGGGAUCGUGGCGUACCUCAAAUCCAACCCCGCCGACGCAUCCGUAGUGCUUCUCCAACGCCACUACAAGCGCCACAUCCACCUCCUCCUACACCAACCCGCCUUCCUCCCCAGUGAAGACGAAGGCGACACAUCGGCGGUGAUGACGCGGCUAAUGGCCCGGCAAGCGGCGUAUGUCACCCUGGGAUCGUUGAAGCAAGGGUUCAGGAGGGGCGUGAGGAUGUACUUCUCGGUCGGGUAUGAUCGCGAGGGGGAGGAGUUUGUGGAGGAGCUUAUGGAGUUGGUGCUUGGGAAGAGGUUUGCGAAGAGGAUGGCGGUGCUGAGGAGGGAGGCAGAGGGGGUUGGGCGCUUGUGAUGGGAGCUCUGGCUGUGGGAUGAAGGUUAAACGGGUUCUGAAGCGGCCAAGUGAAUAGUAUCGCACGGUAUUUAGACACCACCACCAUAGCUGCCACCAUAGUCUAGGACGCAGCGUACGAGUGGGAU